GUACAGUUUUAUUAGCCAACCGAGACAGCGGACAGCUGUUUACGUGUGUUCAGGUUUUCGGUAAUUUCUUCAAAAACUGCCGCAUGAAAAUGGAUAUAACACCGUUGUUUAAGGCUUGUAUAAGGACUGUGAAAACCAGAAAUAAAGCUUUCGGUAUACAGAGUCCUGGCGGCGAUGACAAACAUCGUUUAUUGAGGAGCAAACCGAAGAGUGGUUUCACCAACUCAGCUAAGGAUAUAACUUCACAGAUAACUAGGUUACGGGAUUUUCUGCUAGAACAUAGAGAGAGGUAUCUUUCAUUCUUUAACAAUGUGACUGGGGAUGAAAUGUCUGACGCGGAACGCGAUCAGAUCGACACGGGUGCUCAGAGGAUCAUUAACACUUGUUCACACUUGCUUAAAGAAUUCCGUAACGACAACCGUAAGUUGUCAGUGUCCCCACAGAUGCGGGAUUACAUGGACGCGGUCAUCGACCUCAUAGACUCUUAUUUAAAAGCCGUAUGUAAGAUACACAGUGAGUUGAAAGCACUGCGUGUAAAAAGGGCACUUGAUAUAAGAAAACUGUCGCGGUUGGAACUGCCACAGAUUAAGUCAAACAUUCCAAAUCCGUUUAUACCGGAUAGAGUUAAAGAAGAAGAAAAGGAGAUAGAAGUGGAGAAUGAAGAAACAGAUAACACUAAGACAAAGUUAGAUUUGUCUGAGAAUGAAGUUGCGGUGAUGUCGGACGAGGGACAGCUGAGUGCCGAGGAGCUGCAGAUGUUUGAGUCUGAGAACCUUCAGCUGUUCAAUGAGCUGAACAGCAUGACCGAGGAAGUUCGGCAGAUCGAGAGUAAAGUCCUGCAUAUUGCUGAGUUGCAAGAAAUAUUUACUGAGAAGGUUCUCCAACAGGAACAAGAUAUAGACAGAAUAUCAACCACAGUGGUAGGAGCUACAGAGAAUGUUAAAGAUGCCAAUGAACAAAUUAAGCAGGCCAUACAGAGGAAUGCUGGUCUACGGGUCUACAUACUCUUCUUUUUGCUUGUAAUGUCAUUCACUCUGUUAUUCUUAGAUUGGUAUAAUGAUUAAAUGGAUGUCCCUAGUUUAA